GACAACAGGUCAGUUUCUUUAAUUUCUUUCACGUGUGUAAAUAUGAAAAAAUUCUUUGUAAAUAUCGUUGUAUAUAAGUGAGAAAGUGAUCUAAGUAUAUAAAAAACAAUUUUCAAAUAUAUUAAAAAUAAUUCAAAUCUAAAAGUUUUCCUCGAUAAAGGAUUCUUAAUGCAUCAUGAAUUACAAAAAUUCUGAUAAGAAGAAGAAAAAGUCUAAAGCCAAAGCAGUGCCUCUUCAGGAUUUUCUGGCUGCCAGUGGUGGCGUGGGUACUGUGCAGGCGACUAGAAAAGUAUCAAGCUGGGCAGACGAGAUAGAAGAGGACGAGCACGAUAAACGGCAAGUAAUAGCUCUCCCGACUGCCCCACGUGCUAGUCGAAUCUUCAACGAUGAUAGUGUUCCAAAAACUCCUCCAUUCUUGGCAUAUAUAUCAAAUCUUCCUUACGAUGUUCUUGAGGAUGAUAUUAGGGACUUUUUCAUGGGCUAUCACAUAGUGUCAUUACGUCUGCCACGCGAGGAUGGUGAGAUGGGCCGCUUGCGAGGUUUUGGUUACAUAGAAUUUGAGACACGAAGUGAACUCAUUGAUGCCGUGAGUAUGCCCGAUCCAGCUAUACGUAACCGUCGUGUACGAAUUGACGUGUCAAAUGAAAGUGACCAACAGAAACAACGUGGCGGACAACGUAAUAGUCGUUACGGCGAUAGAGAUCGUGAACGUGACGAUCAUGAUCAAACUAAUUGGCGCCGUGGCAAUGAACAUUUGCAAGGCGAUCGUGAUUCUGACAGUCGGCGGGGUGGGUACGGUGGUUUUAGGGAACGUGAGCGCGAUUCUAGUUCAACUGAUAAUAAUUGGAGAUCGGGAGAGAGACCAAACUUGGACACUGAGGCUACAAAACGGGGCUUCGGAGAUGGUACAAGAGAGCGCUAUGUUGGUAGAAGGAGCAAUUAUGAGGAAAAAAAACGAGAGUCAGAGCCAAGUGAAAUGCGUGAGAGACCAAAAUUGAACCUAAAACCCCGUACAUUACCAAUUGAACCUCUUGUACAGAUAUCAGAACCAAAGGCUCUAGAUUUUGUAGAGAGGCCACAAUCAUCUGAAGAGUUUGAAGUACAGUCUGCUGCUCCUGUGCCAAAAUCUGAAUCCAUACCAGCAACAAAAAUUUUUGGAGAUGCAAAACCGGUAGACACAGCGGCUCGGGAGCGGGAGAUUGAAGAGAGAAUGGAGCGUGAUCGGUUAGAGAAACAGAAACUUCUUGAACAGGAAAGACAGCGUGAGAAGCAAAAUAAGGAAAACGAACUUCCAGACGAUGAUUUAAUUGACAGGCCAGAAGUAAAGGCAAUUAAGAAGGAAGAAAUUAUAAGCUGGCGCAAAAGACCAGAUACAAACGAUGACAGUACCGAUAAGAGACAGAGACCGCCGUCUCCCCGCCGAUACAGUCCUGAUGAUAGGAGAGUACCAUCAAAGAGAAUCGAUGAUCGACGCGUAUAUCGCGACAACAGGGAUUCUUAUCAGAGGGACAGAGACUAUAAAGAUGGCAGAAGUCAGGGAAGAUCACGAGAUAAUAGGCAGGAUGUAAAACCACGAGAUCGUUAUGAUUACGAGAGUAGAGCUGGAACUAGAGAUAGAACUGAUAAAGAUAUUGGAGUAUACAAAAGUGGAGAAGAGAAGUUGCAACGGCGAGAUAAAGUAUAUGAAGACACACGCGACAUUGAAGAUAAAAUGCCUAAAUUCAAACCCAUCGAAGCUCCGAAUCUAUCCAUGUCAAACAAAUAUGCUGCCUUUCUCAACGAUGAUGCUGAAGAAUAGAUGGACAAUGGAAAAUUUUUAGGGAGUAAAAAUUGAUUUUUGUUUUUCAGUAUAAUAUGUAUCAGAAAGAAUAUGAUGUAUGAUAAGAUUUGAUGAGUGAGCUAGGUUGAUCAUCAUUUGUGAAUAAGUUUCAUUGUAUUUUUUCACAAUAAGUUUCACUGAAAAUAUCCUCCUUCCAGUCUUCUCUUUUCUUAUUCAACAACUUUAUACUAAAGAACUAUGUAAUGAUAUUACGCUAAAAGUGAAUACAGUAAACUCUCUCUUGAUCGGGCAUAUGGGGCAAAAUGUCAUUCAAAUUAUCGAUAGAUUUCGGCAUCAAUCAUUGUAAAUUCCACAUAAAGCGCUCAAUUAUAAAGAAUCAUGAUAAAAUAAGAGAAACUACACUAUAGCGAAUUUGAGCAAAUUUGCUUCAUAAUUAAACGUGAAAAUUGGCAACAAAAUUUUUCGCUUGAUUAAUCGAGAGUCUACUGUAGUCUUUUAAAACUCUUUCGUCUCUUUUGAAGAGUUAAAUACCCAAGAAAAAAAUCUUUAAAGAGAGUAAAGGAGAACAUACAAAUCUAUUUUUUGCAAAUAUCUAAAACUCGCAUAACUUUUGAAGAAUUUCUUAGUCUUAAUGACAGUGUUUCUUAAUCAAAAGACAAAGCUUGACCACGUCAGUUCAUUUUUACGAAUCUUUAUAACUUUCUUUUUCCUCAUGCUUUUUACAAAAAAAAAAAAUUAAAUUAGGUGUAUUCAAUGACUAGAUAUUUUUAUAAAACUCAGCUAAAAAAGGUCUAAUGUGCUCAAAAAAUUACCUCCAAUCUUUUUAUUAUGUUUCUCUACAUAGAAAAGCUUAAAAUUAUACCGGUGUUAUUUUUAAGCACUAAUUUUUUCCGUUAUGAAAAAUUUAGAGAAUUGUAAUUAAAAAAAAAUUUAGAAAUAUGUCAAAAUUUGCGUUCAACGCUCCUGAAGAGCGUAUUUUUAUAUGAAUUAGCAUGGAAUGAGACAAUUGGUAUCUUUAAGAGUAAUACAAUUAAAGUUUGAAUAUAUGUAAGAUUACGGUAUUAUAUAUUAUAUUACAUUGCUACUGUUACUAAUCAGUUUUUGGGAGUAAUAUUUAUAUUACUUUAGUACCAUUUAAAUAAAAGUCUGUGUAAAUUUACAUACAUUUGCUUACAUUUUUUUUUUUACUUAUAUUUAAAAAGAAAACUACGACUAGAUUUGCAACAUCUUCUACAAAUCGUACACUACCAUACAUACAGCUGUUUUUAAUAAAAAAAAAUGAUAAAAUAGUGAAAUUAAUUUUGUUUAUUUCACCAAUUUUUACUUGUUAAUAAUAAAAAUAAAUAAUCAAUUAUAUAAAAAUGUCUAAGUAUAAAUAUGUGUACUAAGUCUUGGAAAAUAAAACAAAAAGCUCUUAUCUUAUCCAAUAUAUUUAACGUACUAUUACAAUAUAAUUAAAAUAGAUUUAAUAAAAGAACUAGAAACACUUUUUUAAAUAAUAAAUUAUACUUAAUACUUUUGUUAUCGAUACUAUCAUUGUUCAAUGAUAUUGGUUUGUGGUUAAGAAUAAUCGAUGUAUUGUAAAUUGCUAAAAGUCGAACUAUGAAAAGCGGCUUCACCACAAAAAUAAAUUAUAAGUUGAGUUGUUUCCCAAAUUUACACCUUUCUAAUUUUUGCACUAAAUACUAAGUCCUAGUUUACUAGGAUUACUACAAUUACUAGUUUUUUCUUAUACAUAAUUGGAUUUAUCAGUUUCAUAUCCUGUCAUAUGUAUUUUGGAUAUUAUAAUAAAUAAAAUUUAUAAAACA